AUGAUUCUAGGAGCCUUCCAAUACUUUCAGUCAAGGGACAGGAAAAAAGGGAUCCUGCUCCCGAAAAAAACGAAAAACCCGAACUACUCUUGGUUACCGAUGCAUAAGUUUCUCGAGGAAGUUGAUGCCGAUAUGUAUGCUAAUAUUGCAUCCCACUACGUUAACGGCAUUGAUGAAGUAUCCCGGAAACCCCGGGUGAAUAUAUCUGCGGAUCUAGUCGGCCGGGAAAUUAGUGGGUAUCAGUUGCUAAGGUUGUGCUUCUCAAGACGGCUCGAUGACCUGGAGUUGGGCGUUGAUCGAGCAAACGUGUAUCGGAGGAAACGGGGAGCAUGUGCUGCGGUGUCGGCUAUGAGAGGUUACCUCUCACCUCAGGCGAUUUGCAAGCUGCUCCCGGGAAGCAACAAUGGUAGGUUCCGAGAAAUGUUAGAAGAUAACGACACCAAAUGGCAACGAGACGCCGUUGCGUCGGGCUUUCUUCUUGCCCGGAAGUUUGCACAUGAGCACCCGGAGGAAUAUGCGCUAGCCCUAUCAGAUUUUCGUCAGUCGGGUGGAUACAAUGCACAUUACGCUUACAAUACGAUCGAGAAGGAGAGAGCGUACAGCCCAUCUGGCCUUCUCUACAAUGUUCAAGGCCCCCUCGGGUGGCUCAGAAACUAUCCACUUCACAAGGCAGCUGCUCUUGGGCAGAUUACUGAGGUCGAACGCCUGGUAGAGAGUGGGUAUGGUAUCGACUCCCUGGAUAUUGGCGGUGAGACACCGCUCCAAAGGGCAUGCAUGGCCGGCCAUGCUUCGACCUCCCGUUAUUUGGUGCGAAGGGGAGCCGAUGUAACUCUUAAAAGCAAACUUCUCGGGACCGUACCACUGCACUGGCUUUUCGUAUUCGAGCCGAGCGAAGCUAACGAUAUGGCGGAUAUGCUAGCGGGGCGAGAGAAGGAAAACCUGGAAGAGGGGUCCAAUGUAGAGGCAGACGCCUUUCACUUCCCGUUCAAGUGGCCAUCUGGAUCGCCAAUUGCUUGGAGUGUUCUUUCAAACAGGUCCGAAGCUAUCUCCGCACUCUUGAGACUCGGAUCUUCACUGACUCAAUACCGGAUUUCUUCCCUGCUUUGCCCGAUUGGCCGGAAGUCGGUGAUCCCUAUGAUUUGCGCUCCAACAACAGACAAAUUCGGAACCUAGUCAAAGCCUGGAUAUAUAAACCGAUUCUGCAAUAUCAACACCCCAUAUCCCAGAACUUCUUUAGAUAUGUGGUAAAGCGCGGUGCAUUGGAAAGUUUGGAAAAGCUCGACAGUGACAGACUGGAUUCAAGAAUUGUGGAUCGCCACGGCGGACACCCCACUGCAGGCUGCCAUUGCUACAAAAAACCCUGAUAUUGUUAAGCUGUUACUGGACAAUGGAGCGAGGGUCGAUCUUUCACCAGAUCCAAUCGCUGGGAAUCCUUUGCAACGGGCAGCCAAGAUGUCUACCAGCACCUGGUCUUUUGUGGUCAACCAUCUAUCCUGUCUCCCUCCCCGUCUCCUCUCCUCACCCACAACCCACCCGCCCAUCCCCAUUCUCGCUCCUCAGACACGUUAAACACACCCUCCCACGUUAAUACAUCCUACACGUUAAACAUAGCUACCACGUUAAUACAUCCUACAUGUUAAACAGCUACCACGACCGACACCCCCGGAAAGUAUUUGCUAUCCCUCGAAAGCCAUGGAUUCGGCCAGCAUUGGUUUCCACCUCGCUCAAGCACCAGCUAUGCCGUCGACUGGGGCGACAUGUUAACACAUAGAUCAACACAUGGCACAGUGCCAUGAUACAGGCACGGUUUGGAUUGUGACCUGGCGGUGGGCUAUAGCUAUCGGCUUCCUAAUCGGGAUCAUGUGCGGCGGAGCCACAUCACGGGUUUCGUGCGCCCGUGCCAUGAAUACUCGUUUAGCUUCGCGGGGGGGGGGGUCCAGGCCGAAAUAGGAAAGGGUUCGCAGAUGAUACACCCAUCACACCACAGGCCACUGAUACCCACACCGACAUCCAUGCCUACUCCGAUGCUCCUGGUAUGGUCCUCGCCAUUUACAUAGUACAUCUCGUAGUCCUCGCGAUAGCUGAGUGCGUUCUCAUCCUCGUCAUUCGGAUUGGGAUGUGGUAGUGGGCAUAGGUGGCGGUAGUGGGAGGGUGCAAAAAGGCUGUCUGUGGUUUUCUAACUAGGGCUGGGGCUGUACGUUUCUAUUUUCGUUCACAAGAAUUUACAUUACCAUAGCGGGCUACACCGCAGA